CGGAGGCCUAGGGGUAUUUUGGUCAGGUCGACGCGGAAAACACUCUAGCGAGGGGGAAGAGAGAGAAUCGCAGGACCAAACCCUAAACCCCCGCUCCCGCCUCCUCUCGCUGCUGCAGCUUGCCGGGAGCUCACGCGGCCUUUGCUUCUCGCUUCUUUCGCUGGCCACCUGAUCCCGGUUGUUCUUCGCUGGGCUCCCGAGCCGCUGCACUCGCUGGGUGCUGCCGCCUGCCAGGAGGAGCGGCACGGCCGUCUACAGGAUUAAAGGGAGGGAAGGUUUGUGGUUUAAGUUCCCGGAGGAAGACUUGUGGCGGAACUGUACUGACUUCAGAUUGAAGUCAAGGAGCUAAUUUGGGGGAAGAAUGUCUUCAAAGUGGCGGUCACUGCAGCAUCGGCACCGGUACACCUACACCUCCAUUGUGUUCCCGAAGCAUUACCUUGAGGCCCUAACUCUCGUGCCAGCUGAGAUCUCCUCAUCCAAUUUCUUUGUCCGAUUGAGCAACUUGAUUUCCCUGACCUCCACUUACUCCCAAGUUGUUGUGGUCAAGGAUCUUGCCUCGGCAUAUGUGCAGUUUCUGUCCACUACAGGGACUCCUGAUGAAGCAGUGCUCGCUGCCACAAAGCUUUAUUUGGAGAUCCUCUUUCUUGAGAAUUCCCUCCCUCUCCACCGGACACUCAUAUCAGUGCUUGCCAAGUGCAAGAAAUUCUCCACAGUGAUCAGUGGGUGUUUUGCCUUGCUCUGUGAGGAGUAUGGUGGCUCUGGUAGUAAGGCAAAGAAGAGAUUUAUGGUAUCUCGAGCAGCCUUGUCGCUUAUUGGGUACCCAAAGUUGGGAUUUUUGGAUGAGGCAGUAGAGAGGUGUGCAGAGAUCAUGGCACUGGAUGUUGUUGAUGGGCUUGAUGGAGUGACAAAAGACAUUGGUGAAGGGUCACGGCCAUCUCCAGUCGUGAUGGAGCAGUGCCAGGAGGCCAUGUCUUGCAUGUACUACUUGCUGCAGAGGUACCCGUAUAAGUUUAUUGGCCUUGACAAGGCGUCAAGUGUCUUCAAGAGUGCUGUCAGGACAAUACUAUCUGUUCUUAAGUCAUCUGCCUUUUCAAGGGAUUGCCUGGUGGCCUCUGGAGUAAGCUUCUGUGCGGCAAUUCAGGUUUUCAUGAGCACAGAGGAGAUUUCCUGGUUCAUUUCUCAAGGUCUAUUUGGCAUCUAUGCAAAUCAUGAAGAUAGAAAAAAUCAGUCUGUGCACAAUGUAUUUUCGGACUUUGAUCUGUGUGAACAAAUCAGAGACCUUUCAGUGUUGAGUAGACUUUGUCUACUAAGAGGGAUUUUGACAUCUAUUCCAAGGACAGUACUCAACAUGCACCAACUUCAUUCCAGUGGACCUUUAUGGACUGUUUUAUAUGAUGGAAUUUUACCUGAGCUUUGCAAGCAUUGUGAGAACCCAGUUGAUAGCCACUUCAAUUUCCAUGCUCUUACAGUGACACAAAUAUGUUUGCAGCAGAUAAAGACAUCGGUUUCAUCUGAUAUCACCGACUUCUCUGGGGACUAUAAGCCUUUUUCAAGAGAUGUUGUCAACCGUAUAUUGGGAAUCAUAUGGCGCAACCUGGAAGAUCCUUUGAGUCAGACAGUAAAACAGGUGCAUUUGAUCUUUGAUCUCCUAUUAGAUAUUGAACUAUGUAUUGCAUCAGAAGACCGUGAACAUAACAACAACUUGUUCCUUUGCAAUGUUGCAAAUGAUUUACUUCGCUUAGGUCCACGAUGCAAAGGGAGAUAUGUCCCUUUAGCUUCUUUGACAAAGCGAUUGGGUGCCAAAUCUCUUCUAACAUUGAAAUCAAAUCUGCUUUCAGAAACAGCUUAUGCGUACAUAGAUGAUGAUGUUUGUUGUGCUGUCACCACAUUUUUAAAAUCCUUCCUGGAGACUUUAAGAGGUGAAUGUUGGAAUGACGAUGGUGUUGAGCUAGGAUAUGAUGCCUUCAGAGCUUUGUGCUUGCCUCCUUUCAUGCGGGGACUUGUAUCUGGAAAUUCAAAACUACGUUCUAACUUAAAUACUUAUGCUUUACCUGCUCUAAUUGAAGUUGAUGCAGAGAGCAUAUUCACAAUGCUUGGAUUCAUCUCCAUUGGCCCUAGCACAAAUGAAACUAAACUAGAUGUUGUUUUGAAAAAUGACCAGUGUAUAGCUGCACUGGUUUCUCUGCUUAAGGUCUCACGGAAUCUGGCUCUUGUUGAAGGGGACAUUGAUUUAGAUCCUGAUGAAUUGUCACAGAUUCAGCAGAUGGAUAGUAAGGGUGCUGCAGUUAUAUCUGUUAAAGGGAUUAAAGUUACAGUUCCUUUUAAUUGGUUUGCUUUGGCACUGACACACAGUGAUGAAAGUCUCCGUAUAGAUGCAGCUGAAUCCCUCUUUCUAAAUCCAAAGACAUCAAGUCUUCCAUCCUCCUUGGAACUGAGCUUGCUCAAAGAAGCUGUUCCGUUGAAUAUGCGUUGUAGCUCAACGGCAUUUCAAAUGAAAUGGACAAGUUUAUUUCGGAAGUUUUUUGCUAGGGUGCGAACUGCACUUGACAGACAGGUAAAACAGGGGUCUUGGAUUCCAUCAUUAACGUCUAGUGUUAAAGGGGCUGGCUCUAUUGAUACUUCUAAGGCCACUGUUGUCAAGAGGGCUGAAGAUCUCUUCCAAUUCAUGAAGUGGCUGAGUUCCUUUCUGUUUAAUUCUUGUUACCCCUCUGGCCCUUAUGAAAGGAAAACAAUUGCAAUGGAGCUCAUUCUUACACUACUAGAUGUAUGGCCUAUUUGCCGCUCUGAAGGGAAAAUUGAUCUUUAUCCUUACAAUGAUAGCAUAAUAUUGCCAGACUCAACAAUUUCAUUUGUUGGGUCUAUAAUUGAUAGUUGGGACAGAUUAAGGGAAAACUCUUUUCGCAUUCUACUGCAGUUCCCAACACCGCUUCCUGGGAUUUCCUUGAGUACAUCCAUAAAUGAUGUUAUCAGAUGGGCAAAAAAACUUGUUCUAAGCCCACGUGUCCGGGAAAGUGAUGCUGGUGCUUUAACCUUCCGCCUUAUAUUUAGGAAGUAUGUUUUGCAGCUUGGAUGUAUUCUUGUAUUUUCUAAAGAAAGUGAUUGCCUUGAAUGUUAUACACAAUCUAUGAAUGGAGAUACAGAAGUUACUAGUCAAAACCCAGUUGCACAGUAUAUAUCUUCACUCAUUCAAUGGCUCUGUAUUGUUGUCGAAGAGGGUGAGAGGGAUCUCUCUGAAGCAUGUAAGAAGAGCUUUGUUCAUGGAGUUCUUCUUACUCUGCGCUACACAUUUGAUGAGAUGGAUUGGAACUCUGAGGUAGUACAAUCAUGUAUUUCUGAAAUGAGGUACCUGGUAGAAAAACUGCUUCAACUCAUAAUGCGUGUAACUUCGGUGGCCCUAUGGGUGGUUUCUUCAGACGCAUUGUCUCUGCCAUAUGACAUGGAUGACAUGAUUGAUGAUGGUUCCUUCCUCUCAGAUAUAUAUGAUGAUCAACCUACUACCACUUCAGAAAGAGAGGAGAAGAAUGCAAAACCAGGGAGUAAUGGCAAACCAGCCGAACAAGUUGUUAUGGUUGGUUGCUGGCUUGCUAUGAAGGAGGUCAGUUUACUUUUUGGAACCAUCAUCAGGAAGAUACCAUUGCCUGGCUGUUCUCAUUCAGCUUCAUCUCAGAAUGGCUUGCCUGACAGUAUUGAAGAGACAAGUAUAUCUGAAGAAAUUCUUGAUGUGGGGCAGUUAAAGAUGAUGGGUGACCAUUUUUUACAGGUUCUUCUUAAAAUGAAGCAUAACGGUGCAAUAGAUAAAACAAGGGCUGGGUUUACUGCCCUUUGCAACCGGCUUCUUUGCUCAAAUGAUUCAAGGCUGUGCAAAAUGACAGAGUCAUGGAUGGUGCUACUAAUGGAUAGGACAAUUGCUAAAGGGCAAACUGUGGAUGAUUUGAUAAGGAGGAGUGCAGGAAUUCCUGCUGCAUUUAUCGCCCUGUUCCUGGCAGAGCCAGAAGGAACACCAAAGAAACUACUUCCAAGGGCAUUAGAAUGGCUGAUAGAGUUUGCUAAGAACUCUUUAGCUAAUUUCCAGAAAGACUCCAACCAGAGGUCUGGAGUAAUGAAAGAGCUGUUGGAAUCACAGUCAGAAACUACAAGUGUAUAUUCUAAUGGUAACCUAUCUAAAGGUCGAGAUGAGGGUGUUGUUCCCACUGUGCAUGUGUUCAAUGUGCUUAAAGCUGCUUUCAAUGAUGCAAAUCUGGCAACCGACACUUCGGGUUUCAGUGCUGAAGCAACAAUAGUUGCUAUACGAGCAUUUUCAUCUCCCUACUGGGAAGUGCGCAAUGCAGCUUGCCUUGCGUAUACUGCACUAGUUCGUCGCAUGGUUGGGUUUCUGAAUGUGCAGAAGCGUGAAUCAGCACGACGAUCUUUAACUGGCCUUGAAUUCUUCCACAGGUAUCCAGCCCUUCAUCCUUUCCUUUCUAGUGAACUGCAAACCACAACUGAACAACUAGCUGAUGGAGUGUCCAGCAAUUUGGAGUCACACAUUACAAAAGCAAUACACCCUAGCCUGUGUCCGAUUCUUAUUCUUUUAUCAAGACUUAAGCCUUCACCUAUAAGCUGUGGAACUGAUGAUUCUUUGGACCCUUUUUUGCUUUUGCCUUUCAUCCAAAGAUGUGCUACCCAGAGUAACUACCGGGUCCGUAUCCUUGCAUCAAGGGCAUUAACUUGUUUGGUAUCUAACGAGAGAUUGCAGUACGUUAUUAGUGAUAUACUGGAUAAUUUACCUCGUGGAAGUCACAAAGCAAUGGCUCACAGUGUUCAGCAUACUGAUCCUGCCAUAUCAGCUAAUAUGGGAAAAGCAAAUGUACUUCUGCUGUCUAAGUCAUUCAAUUCAAUACAUGGCCUUUUGCUGCAGCUGGCUUCUCUUCUGGAUAACAACUUUAGAGGUUUGACAGACGGUAGCAUGAAGGAUCAGAUUAUUGGCCUAUUACUGGAGGUUCUUUCAAGAUGCUCUUGGCUUGGCUGCACGAAAUUAUGCUCAUGCCCUAUCGUAAUUACAUCUUACUUGCGGGUAUUGGAUCUCAUGCUUGAUGUUGCAAGGACAGGGAAAAGCAGACAUACUGAAGUCAUUCAGGCAUUGCUGCUAGAGUUAACUUCCCAGUGCUUGAGCAACACAGCAUCAACCCAGUACGCAUUCCAUGAUCCAACCCGUAUUGAACUAAAACAACAAGCAACUGAAUCAUUUUUGAGCUGUGUUGGUCUUUCUAAGAAAACCGAUGAAACUAACGAUGAUGAUGUGCAGUUGCAAAUACUCGGUGAACCAACUUUAGAGAUGCCUAGAGUGGAUUACUCCCUUCAUGAAGUACACAAGGAGAUCCUGUCAUGUCUCACUGAUCCUUCAUAUGAUGUUAGAAUUACGGUGCUGAAGAGGAUUCUUUGGCUCACAAAAUCAAUCAGACAUGGUUAUGCAGAUAACAUUUUGCACCAGUGGGCAGGAGUUAAUCUGCAGCCUGCUUUAAUGGAACGGUUGUUUGUGGAAGAACACCCUAAGUGCCUUUAUUAUAAUCUGAAGAUCAUCUUUUCAUGGAACAUGGAAUUCCCAUUCAACAAUGGAGAAGAUUCUAGCACACUUUUGUCCUUGUGGGAUAGGUUAGUUCAUUUAAACAGCACCAUGUCACAUGCAAAAACGAGAGAAAUAGUUCUAUGUUGCAUGGGUAUGUGCAUGAAAUUGUUCACUAAACAAUCUAGGGGUGGUAUUUCAAUGGAUUGUCUUAAGACCAGUGAGAUCUCUGCAUCCUUUGUCAGAAUCAAUGAAGGGGAUGGAUUAUCUGAUGCCAUGCUUAGAUUAAACUUGUUUGUCACACUUGUCAAGAACCAAAGUGAACCAUCAGAAAGCAUGAAUGCUCGACGGGCUGCUGCUGAGGCAAUUGUUGCUUCUGGUCUUCUUGAAGAAGCAAGCUACGUUGCUUCAUCUGUGUCCAACAUGUACUCUCCUUCAGAAUUUGAUGAAGACCAUACCAAAGAGAAAUGCAUGGAAGAUAGCGUUUUUGAAUUUGUUAGUCUUUAUACAUGCAAGAUACUUGACUUGUGGUUUGUAUGUAUUCAGUUGCUGGAGGAUGAGGAUGCAUAUCUGAGGCAAAAACUUGCGAAGGAUAUUCAGAAAAUAAUCGCUAAGGGUUCAGCUAAUACCUUCUGUGAUGAUUCCACACCACUACAAGUUGAUAGAGUCAUUGAAUUAAGCUUGGACUAUUUAACUUCUUUGUUUGGCCUCUGGCUGAAAUACGUUGAAUUCUUGUUAAGGAUAGUCUUGGGCACUGGAAACGCUCUGAACUCCCGUGGCGAUUUGGUCCGUCAGAUAUUUGAUAAAGAAAUUGAUAACCACCAUGAGGAGAAGCUAUUGAUAUGUCAAAUCUGCUGUUCAAACAUUCAGAAACUUCUGAAUUCAAAAUGCCAGAUGGAAGCAGGAGCAGAGACUAAACUGUUCCUGCAGAAUUGGAGGGAGAUAUUUCUAAAGCAGCUCACAUCGCUGACUGGUGGCUAUAUUGAGAAAGAGGGGAAGAACGAUUGGAUUGGCGGCAUAGGUAACCACAAGGACGUGUUCAUAUCAGUGUAUGCAGUCCUACUCGGUUUAUACGCGCUCACGCAGUCUGGCUCUCUGGAUCAAUUGGAGGACCACUGUGCAGUUUAUUUGCAGGAAUUUGCAAACCUUGAAAGGUCUAUCACACCAUUCCUCAAGAACCCGUUGAUUUCUAAUCUUUACGCUCUGGUAAAAUUGUCACACGAGAGGUUCAUAUCAUCAGAUAAGCCUGAGGACCAAGUGGGUGAUUCAGGAUCAAGUUUUGACCCAUAUUUUCUUAUCAGAUGAUUUUCGCUAAUGUACUAGUAAUUCUUCAUUGUUAUUCCUCCGUUGUAAGACUCAAUACUAAUUGCUUUUUUAUACAAAUUACCAUACUAUAGAUUCUUUACUUGAUGCCCCUUCUCUGUGUAUCAGUGCAUUUUAAGUGCCUUGGGUUUUCUAGCACUCAAAAAAUGUAUGACAAGGUUGUGACUAACGUCCGAACAACUGAUAAUGAUAUAAAUAUUUUUCCGAUUAA